ACAAAAUUGGUAGAACAAAAUGUAAAUAAAAAUGUCGCUCUGAUUAGAAAUGUGUAUUUAAUAAAAAUUCCAGUUAAACCAGCAAAGUAUUAUCGACUAUUAAAUAACAGAGUUAAACAAAGUAUUAUUGAACGCUUUUGUGACUUAAGAAAUGGAUCUAUCAAUAGCAGACCAUAGCGAUUCUGAUUCCGGCGAAAGCUGGACGCUUCUUGAAAAUUCUUCGGCGUGUGGAGAAGAUGCUCCGGUUAUCUUGAAAAAUUUUAAUUCUGAAAGGCAAGCAGUUGACAGCAACACAGACAAAGACGAAGAUACAGAUGGUAUAUCUAUUAUUAGUGAUUGUGAACAAGACACAGCUUUUGAACCCAAUAAUGACCAGCAGCAGUUUUUAUCAGAAUCAGAAUUGAAAGAUUUCACAAAUCAAUAUAUUUCAAUUACACCUAUUUCAACCAAUAGUAGUGAUCAUGAUGAAGCAAAACAUGAAUAUGAUUUUUUAGGUGAUAAUAAUAAGCACAAAACAUACGUUCACAGAAGAAACAAAAGAUUGAGUACUGUUCUAAAUAUUAUAAUGUUGGGUAGUGUCAUUACAGCUGCUGGAGUCGCUAUCGGUCAUAUGUGGGGUGCAAAAAAUGAAUGCUCUACAAACACAAUACCGGUAUCAGUGAACAAAAUUCUAUCUAACCUGUAUAAAUUACAAGAGGAAAAUGCAUAUUUGAGAAAUAAACUAAAAGAAUUAACAGGGACCUUAAAUUUACAAAAAAAACCUCUGUCGAGCAAAUCUGCAAUACAUCACGAACGAUGCCAAAAAGUUUAUGAGGAAUCAUUAAACAAUAGACAUGUUGAAAAAAUUACUAAAUGUGUUGAUGAAUAUUUCAAUACUGGUUUAGAUACACCAAAUAAACCAUCACUACCUGAGUAUGAAAGAGAUUUUUUAAAUGAUAUUAAUAAAUUGAAAAAUGUCUAUAUGCAAAACAAGAGUUGGCUUGAUGAUGAGAUUGCUAAAAGAUUAAAAAAUGAAGCACAAAUGCAUCAGAAAUUUAGGAAAGAAAUAAAGGUGGCAGUUCUGAAUACUGUUAGAGAAGAAUCUGAGCCAAAGUAUGAGAAAAAUGAGAAAAUUGAAAAUAGAAUUACUGAAAAAAAAAUCAAAAAUUAUAAAGGUAAAGAGUCUCAGCUGGAAAAUAAGUUAAGCAAUAGACAAGAAAUAUCUACUCCUCUUUUAACUGAACCAACGCUAGAUAGAAUAUCAUAUGCUGAUUCAUUAAAGCAGUUAAAAAACAUUCAAGGAGCAAUAAAAAAAUCCGAAGAGACAAUUUCAUCAAUCAGUAAAUCCGAUGUGAAGAAUGUUAAAAAGAAGGUUCAAGAAAUAGAUGAAGGACUUAAUAGAAUAACCAGUGAUUAUGAAAUUUUAAAAGAUGACAGGCAUGUUUUUCUAAAAGCAAAAAAGGAACGAAAUAAAUAUGAUCGCCAUAAGUCACACAAAAAACAAAAGAGACAAAAUAAAUAUGAACAAUGGGAAAUGAAAGGUGGAUAUUUGAAAGAUUAUGAUGAAAUUUCUUUAAGUUCACAAGAAAAUGAAAAUUUGAAUUUGAAAUUAGAUCAAUCUACUGACAUAGAUAAAAAAUAUCUGCAACCAACAUCUAGUACUGAUAAAGGUCAUGAUUUAAAUGCUUUUGGAGAACUCAGUGAUACCAAAGUAGUUAUAAAUGAACCGAAAAGUUGUAAAUACAAAGAUAAAAAUAGGACACUGAAAGAAUUGAAGUGGUAUGAGAAAAGGGCAGCCUUUCGAACAGAGGCUAGGAAGAAACUGGAGCAUGAACUAUUUGGAGAAAACAAUGCUAAUAAGGCCAGUUGGUACUUCCGACGUAUGAAUAAACGUGAACAAUGUCGUGCCAAGGAUACAAAUAAUACAAACAGAAAAUUAUAUAAACGACAAAUGAAUUACAAAAACAAAAAAUAAAAACAUACUUGACUGGCAUUGAACUUAUUGGGUAAAACUUUUUUUUUGUUUACCAUAGAAAGGAUGAAAUAAUAAUAUAAUUUUUCCCUUUAAUGUUUGUAAAGUAAUUUUAAAGAAUUACUCUCCACAAAUAUAUAUUUUAAGAAAAAUUGUCAUUUAUCAAAUGGCAUCAUUUGACUAAAAUUUUCCUACAAGUAUUUAAGAGAAUUUUAUUGAUUCUAAUAUUAAUGUUGUUAUUUAAUUAUAUACUUACUCAAUGAUUAGCAAUGUUUUUGAGGACUCCUAACAAUUAUAUAUUGCAAUAACUUGUACCGCCUUUCUGUAAAUUUAGACUGAAGUAAUUUGAUAUUAGGAAGCACAGCUAUUAUAAUUAUUGUUACUACUUAUGUAAAUUAUUUUAAUAGUGACAUUUUAAUAUUCAGAAUAUUUAUGUUGUCUACUUUUUAAUGACCUACUAUUAUUUAAGAUACUUUGCCAGUGAUUUCACAGCCCGUGAUAAAUUAUUUAGUGAUUUAGAAAUAAAAAAUUUGACCAUAUCAAAA